UACAUGGACUGUCUUGUUGCUGUCACGUUGUAAAUUGGCAAACAAAAAGCACGUUGUUUUUCUUUCCCUAGUGUUUGGCUUCCAAAAAUCUUCGAAAUGGCAAGGCUGCUGGCUUAUUACAAUCUCUGUCCAAUAAAUAAUGUUAACGAUUUUCUCGGAUUGUCUCGGGAUGCCCACCCGGGGUGUGUUAUUAACACGCUCGGAAGAAAUAUCAUACUGGUCGUCAAACUAAGCAACCAGAGACAGGUACGGAGCUGGACCGUACUCGAACGUCUCAGCAACAAGGUGGUGUAUGAUUUUCGGUCGGAACGUUACGUGGGCGUGUUUGGUGGACGGUACAUCCGCUGCUGGACCCGAGAUCAAAACGACAUCAACACGGUGAAGAAGGUGAAGCUGUAUCGAUCAGUGCUGGAUCUGUUUACGUUGGAUAAUGGCACAACUUUGUUAUUGUACACCGAUGGAACCUGUGAGUCGCUCGAAAGUGCACUGGAAACAAGGAAGCAGAACAAAUUGCAUCCUAACGAUAUGGAAUCGUUACCACACGUGGAUCCCAACACACAUGCAAUACGAGACGCGCAGAUUUUGCUACUGGAUAAUGGUACACCGCUACUAUCGUACUUUGUGCGGAAAGAGGAAGAUGGAUCGAUGGAGCUAAACUAUGCACUGCUCAAUCCAGCGGAUUUAAAACCCCACAAAGGUUUCGAAAAGAUUGCACUGCAACGGAUCGGGGAAGAUAUAAAGCUCGUCAGUAGCUGUGUGGUGGAUGGAAGCGAUGGACCAUCGUUGCUGAGUAUUUGGACCGAUAGUCGCAUAUUCAAUCUUCAGCUUUCCUUUGGUCAAUCGCCAAAGCGCGAGGAUGGUGUGGGCAAUUUUAUCGAAAUGGUACAAACAAUCAACGUGAAGCAACCACUCUCGAUGACCAGCAUCGGCAAAGACUACGUGGCGCUUUAUGCGAACAACAAAAAUCAGGACGGUGCCAUUCUGGUUCUGUUCAACGUACAGUUCAAGGUGUUCCAAGCGAAGCAGUACUUCAAGGUGUACUUCAUGUCGUCUCGCUUUUGGGUGGUAGAAAGCAACAUCCUACUUGCCUUCGGACAGAUGCUUGCCGUAGUACCGUUCAAAAUCAGCAAGAAGCAACUGUCGGACAUGAUUGGAAGCCAGCAAACAUUCGACCUUACGCACACGAUCGACGAUGAAAGCAUUAACGAGGAGUGUGAACUGUUGGACGUGUACUCUUUUGACGAAAUGUUGUCUGAAAUUGCGACGAAAAAAGAACAGUUAAAUGGAUGUAGCGAACAUGAAAAGGACGGCGAUGAUGCGGAUGCCAAUCUCGCAGAACCACAGUACAAACGGCUGUACAGUGAGUUUGAAUUUGGCGAAGUGCUUCGUGCGGCUUAUCGGGAAACACUUCCGGUCGACGUAAUUGAAUGUUCCUCGCUGCCGAACGAUAUGGUACAGGUGAAACUUUUCAACAAUGCCGAUCUUACGUUGGGUCCGUUGAUUUUGAGUGACAAUUUCGAAAUCACGCUGGAAGAGUUGGAACGCAGCGGUUAUUCGGAGAUGGAAAUUACUGACCGUAUCGUACCGUUGCUGGUGCAGGCAAAUCUAACCUCCGAUCUUGCCAAGUGUCUUAAGCGUUACUCAGUCAUUUCGGAGCGAACGAUCGUCAAAGCGUUAAAGUACGCUCUGUCCUUACCGGAUCCAGAAAUCGAUGCUCCGGCUUUGGCUGAUGGCGAAACAUCAAAAGUUACUCCUAGGAAAGAUAAAUCGGAGCUACCCAAUCAAGAUGUCUUCGUAAAGGCGCAAGCAAACCACACGUCACAUUUCGAUUUGCUUAAUGUGGUUCUAUCGUGCAGUUUUAACCGCAGAGCUUUAACUUCGCACACUCGAAAUGAGUUGGAUUUUCCCACUGUUAUGGUUCUGCUAAAGCAUCUAGAGUACCUCCUCGUUGAUCCGAUGGCAACGCUCAGUGAAACGCUGCACAGUGUGGAAAAUUUCGAUAGUGAUGAGCAAGUGGUGCAGUGGAUCAUGGCACUGCUGGAUUCACAUUACCAACAAUUCAUUCUAUCAAUGGAGGAUACCGUGCACGAACAGUUGCGACGGCUGUUGGACAUAGCCGAUCGACAUAUCGGGUUGUUGAAUGAGCUGAAAACCCUACCUCCUUCCAUCCGCCGAACACUACAGGAGAAGCCACAAAAAGCAAUCAAAACGAAGCCGUGGUAUAACGUUGAAACGGUUACAUUGUACUAGACAGUUCAACUGCAGGCAUUAUAAGUUAGGGGAUAACAUAAUAAACACGGCCUCGUAACACCUUGCCGUUUUUGGUGAGGAACAGCCUUCAAAAUAUA